AUGCAAGUCAGAAAUAUUCAGAACAUAGCACCGAGUCUAACUGACAAGAGUAUAAAGAUAUACUAUGAACACGUUAUGAUGAAACCUACCAAAAUUCAAGAAAGUCAGUAUACUUAUGAAUAUCCAAGACACUGGGUAGAGUAUGUAGGAGGUGAGAAAGCU